AUGUCAGGCUCCGGGAAUGUCUACGAGUUGCGGAGGUGGAUGUAUAUGCAUAGAGAUGCUAACGGGAGAGUGACGAAAGAAUACAUUGCGGGACUGGAGACAUUUAUGCAUCAAGCAGAUUCCACACCGCUCGCCCUAGAAAGCGGUAAGAUGUUCUGUCCAUGUCGGAAAUGCAACAAUUCGAAAUUGGCAAAUCGUGAAAAUGUUUGGAAGCAUUUAAUAAAUAGAGGUUUCACGCCAAAUUACUAUAUCUGGUUUCAACAUGGAGAAGGUUAUAAUAAUUAUGAUCAGAAUGAAGCUAGUAGUAGUAAUAGCAAUUUUCAGGAAGAACCGGUUGCUCAUCAUUUGCAUAAUGAACAUAGUUACCAUCAGGAGGAGCAGAUGGUAGAUUUUGAUAGGGUUCAUGAUAUGGUAACUGAUGCAUUUGUAGCUCAUGAUGAAGAUGAAGAACCUAACAUAGAUGCAAAAAAGUUUUAUGAAAUGUUAAAUGCGGCGAAUCAACCACUUUACAGUGGUUGUAGAGAAGGUCUCUCUAAAUUGUCGUUGGCUGCUAGAAUGAUGAAUAUUAAAACUGAUCACAAUCUACCUGAAAGUUGCAUGAAUGAAUGGGCAGACUUGUUUAAAGAGUAUUUGCCGGAAGACAAUGUGUCUGCUGAUUCUUAUUAUGAGAUUCAGAAACUGGUUUAUAGUCUUGGGUUGCCUUCGGAGAUGAUAGAUGUUUGCAUCGACAACUGCAUGAUCUACUGGGGAGAUGAUGAGAAGUUAGAAGAGUGUCGAUUCUGCAAGAAGCCACGAUUCAAGCCGCAAGGACGGGGACGUAAUAGGGUACCGUACCAAAGGAUGUGGUACCUACCAAUUACCGACAGAUUGAAAAGAUUGUACCAAUCAGAGCAGACUGCUGGAAAGAUGAGAUGGCAUGCCGAGCAUACUCAGACGGAUGGUGAGAUGACUCAUCCAUCAGAUGCAAGAGCCUGGAAACAUUUUAACAAAGUAUAUCCGGAAUUCGCUAGCAAUAUCCGGAAUGUGUAUCUCGGAUUAUGCACCGAUGGAUUUAGUCCAUUUGGAAUGUCAGGGAGACAAUAUUCAUUGUGGCCAGUCUUUCUUACGCCAUACAACCUGCCACCGGAGAUGUGCAUGCAACGGGAGUUGCUAUUCUUGACCAUAUUAAUACCUGGUCCGAAACAUCCAAAAAGGUCGCUGGAUGUUUUCCUGCAACCACUGAUAAAAGAGUUGAAGGAUUUGUGGUCAACAGGGGAGAGGACGUAUGACUGCUCAACGAAGACGAAUUUCACGAUGCGAGCGAUGCUUUUGUGGACCAUAAGUGACUUUCCUGCCUAUGGGAUGUUGUCGGGAUGGACUACACAUGGGAGAUUAGCUUGUCCAUAUUGUAAUGGAGCGACAGAUGCGUUUCAACUGAAGAAUGGUAGGAAGACAAGUUGGUUCGAUUGUCAUCGUCGAUUUCUUCCCAUUGGCCAUCCGUACCGAAGAAACAAGACAUUGUUUAGGCACAAAAGGGUUGUGAGAGACACUCCUCCUCCAUAUUUAACUGGAGAAGAAACUGAAAAGCAACUCGAUUACUAUGGAGCUUUGGAAACAGUUCCUCGUGGUGGUAAUUGGCAUGUUCCCCCUAAUAUGCCUGAUUCUUACGGUGUUCAUCACAACUGGCACAAGAAGAGUAUAUUUUGGGAGUUGCCAUAUUGGAAGGAUCUUCUUCUGCGCCACAACCUCGAUGUGAUGCAUAUAGAGAAGAAUUUCUUUGAGAACAUCAUGAAUACAAUAUUGAAUGUCCCGGGGAAGACAAAAGACAACAUAAAAUCGAGGUUGGACUUGCCGGAUAUUUGCUCAAGAAGUGAGUUACAUAUAAAAAGCAAUGGACAAGUUCCUGUUCCGAUAUUCAGAUUGUCUUCAGAAAAAAAGUCGGUGUUGUUCAACUGGGUAGCAUCAGAAGUGAAGUUUCCCGAUGGGUAUGUUUCAAAUCUGUCUAGAUGUGUUGAAAAGGGUCAAAAGUUCUCCGGGAUGAAGAGUCAUGAUUGUCAUGUCUUUAUGCAACGACUACUUCCCUUUGCUUUUGCGGAGCUACUUCCAACAAACGUACAUGAAGCACUUGCAGGCAUUGGAGCAUUUUUCAGGGAUCUGAGCACCCGCACUCUUAAAGUAGAAGUCGUGGAACAACUUCAAGAGAACAUUCCCAUCUUAUUGUGCAACUUGGAGAAGAUAUUUCCUCCCUCAUUUUUUGACGUCAUGGAGCAUCUAGCUGUCCACCUCCCGUAUGAGGCAUUGCUUCGUGGACCUGUACAUUACGGAUGGAUGUAUCAGUAUGAGCGAGCCAUGAAAUAUUUGAAGGGAAAAGCAAAGAACCUUGCAAAGGUUGAAGGUUCUAUAAUUGCUGGAAGUUUGACGGAAGAAACAUCUCACUUCACAUCGUACUACUUUGCGUCAAAAGUACGGACCCGGAAAAGAGCUCCAAGGAGAUAUGAUGAUGGUGGUGUCGCGCCAACAUAUGCAGUUGCUGGUGUUCCAGACAUCUUUAGCCAGAUUGGGCGACUGGGUGGGAAAUCAAAAGAGGUUUGGUGGUCGAGUGAAGAAGACGCUCAUAGUGCACACACCUAUAUUCUACUCAAUUGUGAGGAUCCAUUGAUUCGUUAUUUUGAAAGCCUAUUUGUUUCACAAGUCGAAGAAACAUUCCCAGGUAUAUCCACAAGUGAGGUAGAUAAAAGGAAAGAUCGACACUUUAUUAAAUGGUUGAAGAAUCAGGUUGAUUUUGACGACGAUGCAGAUUAUCCUAAGUGGUUACAUGAAGUAAUUCAAUCUCCACAUGUAAAGGUCACCACCUCACAGAUGUAUUUCACACGAGGCUAUACUUUUCACACAUAUGAGUAUGGUAGACAGCGGGCGACCAGUAACUAUGGAAUAUGUGUGAAAGGGGAAACCGAUUUCUACGGUAUCUUGCAAGAGAUUAUUGAAGUGGAAUUUCCAGGGAUAUUGAAGCUGAAAUGCGUCCUCUUCAAAUGUGAGUGGUUCGACCCCGUCGUCAACAGAGGUGUUCGGUUUAACAAAUUCGGUGUAGUUGAUGUCAAUGGUGGACGAAGGUACAACAAAUUCGAGCCUUUCAUCUUAGCUUCACAAGCAGAUCAAGUUAGCUACCUUCCAUACCCUCGGAUGAGAGAAUCGGGAAUAAAUUGGUUAUCCGUGAUCAAAGUUACACCUCGAGGACGAAUCAUUAGUGGAGAAGAACCACCAUUGCAAGAAGAACAGAUAAAUGAAGUCGAGGAACCUGAACAACAAAUUGAUGACAUUCUUCUCAUUGAUCCGCAUAAUCAUGAGUAUGAAGAUCUUACCGACGAUGGCACAGACGAAGCUGUUGAAGACGAGUUUAAUGAAAAUGAUGAUGUUUCUAGUGAUGACGAAAAUGUAUCCGAUUGA